AUGGAUAAGUUGCGUGAGGAGUACAGAUACGCGAUGGCAAAACUGGCGAAGGCGGAGGCAGCUCGCGAGAAAGCGGUGAAGGCAGCGAGGGCAAUAGUCAAGGCUACGGGUGAUGACAAUGCGCUCUCUGAGGCCCAGGCAGCCGCCGCGGAAGCGGCGCUGGAGGAGCUAAGCGACAAGAGGGACAGCAGCGCUGUCACAAAACAGGCGCCCGCCUUUGUGCGCAUGCCGUCACUGAGAGACCUCUUCCUCGAGGACCUGGAGCGCAGCGCGAGGCUGGGAAUUGUGAAGAAGGUGUAA